GUACCUUCAUUCAAUGGAUCAUCAUACCUGCGUUACCCGGGUCUGGGAGAUAGCUCGCUGUCAUGGCUGGAAUUGUCAGUAACACUGAAACCCAUGACACAGGACGGUGUAAUUCUGUACAAUGGGCAUCACAGCGAUGCCACGGGGGAUUUCAUCGCUCUCUACCUUUCAUCUGGUCACGUGCAAUUCACCUUUGACCUGGGAACUGGUCCAGCGACGUUGAGGUACUCAAUAAGAGAUAAAAAAAUUUAA